AUGGUUCUUGAUUACAAACGAUUCACACCUGGAGAGAACAUCAAGCCUGGAACACUGUGGAUCCUGGAACAGCUACCUGGGAUAAUAGAAUCAGCCGACAUGUCUGCUUUCUUACAAGAGAGCACCUACUGGGCCAGUUACAACAUAGCGUAAGUGCAAACGACAGAUUUAUACCAUUUUUAUCAUAGUUACAUUGUAUUAUUCACACGCACCUAAUUCGCACAAUUACAAAUUAAUUAACCAUAAUUAGCCCCUGCUAAUAGGAGCGGGUAGUGCGAUUAAAUUUAGACUGAUAAAUUACAUUAAUUUUUAGUAUUUAACAAAAUAAACAAUAUAGUGAAAAGACCUUUCCAGUAUUCCAGCCCGUAUUCCACUCCAGUGAUGACACACAAUGAAACCAGGUCAAAGCUUGUCAAAUUCACACUCUGUAUAAAUCACUGAAUUUUGUGAACUCGAGUCUCUAGUUGGUUACACUGGUUAAAGGCGAAUCCGCGAAUCACCUUAAGGACAUGACCGAAACCUGUAACCUCGCAUGAAAAGUCUCAGGGACCCAGCGUAUAAGUUGGUGCCUUUGUUUACCGAAAUCCAGUAAAAGGUCUAUUACAGACGGCAAGUAGUGUUGAAAGAAUUAAUUCCUGAAGAUUAUGCCAGCGACUGAGACUGGUAAUCGCCUCAAAGAUCGUCUUAAGAUAAAAGCUUUAAAUUCUGAUGACCCUUGAGGGCAAAGAUUUUUGAACGCAUAAUUUAUGACCAGCUGUAUAAAUACUUGAAAGCUGGUAAACUACUGUCAAAUCACCAAUCCGGCUUUCGUACUAUACUCACUCUACCGUUACUGCCUUACUUGAAGCAAAUGGUAGUUGGUCAUUGGAUAGUGACCACGGCAACAUUAAUGCCGUUGUCUUUCGGGACCUCAGAAAGGCUUAUGAACAUACCUUACCGCUAUCUUAACUUGACUGCUACGGUAUAACCGGCCACGAAAGAGACUGAUUCAGGUUAUAACUUAGUGGUCGUUCACAAUUCUGUGCAGUAAACAGCUGUGAGUCGGAUAAGACAGUUGUCACGAGUGGUGUGCUUAAUUAUGAUCUGGACGGGGUCUAUGUUUGGCCUGUAGCUAAUCAGAUAUGCUCACGCUAAACAUGAAAAAAACUGAGUUUCUCCUCACUGGCUGAAGACAAAGACUGUCUAACGUAUAUAUUGUCGUCAAUGAAGCUCCAGUUAAACAGGUUUUGGUUCCAAAUUCCCUUUGUGUAAACUGAAUCAGGAUGAACAUAUUCAGAUGAUUUGUAAAAAAGGUUGCUUCUGUCAUUACUGCAGUUAAGCGCGUCAGAAACUUUGUCCCUCGUGAAACCUUCCUCACUAUUUUUUGCGCUCUUUUACAGCCUCGCUUCAAAUACUGCAGCACGGUUUGAGCAAAUUGUAAUAAGAGCCUCCAGAAACUACAGAACCGUGCUGCUCGUAUAAUUACUUCUUUUAAUUACGGCGCUAGUCUGGAUGAGCUUCCUUCAGUUACUCAAUUGACAUAAAUUUGAGCUGCAACGUAAGGUCGAUUUAUCUAUUCUUAUUUAUAAGGAUCUUAAUAAUGAAACUCCUGAGUAUCUGAGCUCGAAAUUUAUAUUUUACGUAUGGACUCAAGGCUAUAUAACUUAAGAGAAAUACGGUGAAAAAGGACUGGCAGUGCCGCUUCCCUGUACUGAACACUUUAAAAAGAGCCUUCAGUUAUAGUGGAUCAGUAUUGUGGAAUAGUUUGCCGGAUCAUUUAAGGUGGGCAUCGUCACUGACAAGUCUCAAAUCAACUAUUCGUUGCCACAAUUUCCAAGAGUAAGGUUGUUUUUUAUACGGCGUCCUUGUAAAGCAGGAAGUUUUCCCUCUUUAACGCUUAAUGUUAGUUUAAUUUAAUUAGAUCCAUUCUUAUAUUCUAUCGUAUAAUAUCAUUCGUUGCUAGUUUUUUUUUUGUUUGUUUCUUUUUUCAUUCCUAGUAACUGCCUAAAGGACUUAACCGUUUCUAAAUGAAGUUAUCUUGUCUUAUCCUAUAAUCAAAUGGGUGAACGUGUAAAUGAAAACAUAAGGUAAAUAUAUUUAGAUAAAAUGAAAUUUGCUUAACUUUGUUUUUUCUUUCAGGUAUUUUCCGUACAUUUACAACAUUAGUGGCACCAUGGCGAGUUACAAGAAGUUUGGUGCAUUUUUUAGUUAUGCGGACUGUCCUCGGGGACAGAUCUUCAAACGUGAUCACAGCAAAGUUGUUGACAUGGAGACUAUGAUGAAACUCAUGAGGCAUGGAAUAGUUUAUUUCCGGUUACAUGGUUCACUCUGUAACGACGGGAAAGCGUUUUCCUAGUUUAUCUUGGUGGGAAUUUUUAGAAUUUUCAGCGAGAAUGUCGUAGUGGCGGAAACAAGAUAUAAAAUGUUAGAAGGUUUAAAAUUUGCGAUCGGGAGAGGGCGUAACCUCCUUCAAUAAAGAUAACAGUGCUAAGCUUUCUGAUGAAAAAAGUGCAGGAAAGCU